UGUAAUCUCAUAUAUUAUAAACAUGAUAAACACACUUCAAUAUUGAGUGGACACUCUCGUGUCUAUACAUAAAUUCUGAAUAACAUGUCAACAAAGAUAUACAAUUGUACACGUAAAGGAAGUAGUGUGAAAUUUUAGAAAACUUAAAAGCAAUAUAAAAUGUCUUCAAUACCUGUGAUAGAUUUCCAAAAAUAUGGGCUUCAUAUCGAGAAGGCAGAUUCUGUACCUAGGGAGGACUUGAAGGAGUUAGGAGACCAGAUGUGUGAAGCUCUACAGAAUAUUGGGUUCUGUUAUUUGAAAAACCACGGAGUUCCUGAUGCACAGUUGAAAGAAGUAUUGGAAUUGUCAAAAAAAUUCUUCAGCCAGCCAUUCGAAGAAAAAGAAAAAUGUGCCAAACCAGAUGGAGGUUAUGAUGGAUGGAUCGGAUUAGAGAAAGAAAAACUGAAUUUACAGAGACCAGUAGGAGAUUAUAAAGAAACCUAUAACAUUACUCCAAUAUGCGAAGUAUGGCCGACCAAUAUACCAGAAUUUGAGACAGUUUUAAUGGAUUUCUUACGAAAAUGCAUAGAACUAGCUUUAAGAGUUUUUGAUGUUAUCUCCGUUGGUUUGAAUUUAGAGGACAAGAAUUUCUUUCGAAACUGUCACAAAUUAAUUGGACAAAGAGGAAAUGUCACUGCUCUUAGAAGUUUGUUUUAUCCGGCUAUUCCAAUGGAAAAAGAAAUAAUGGAAGGCCAAGUAAGAUGUGGUGAGCAUUCAGACUAUGGUACACUAACGCUACUAUUCCAAGACCUCGUCGGUGGAUUGGAGGUAAAAACACGUGAUGGGAACUAUAUUCCAGCUACACCAAUUUCUAGUACCAUUGUUGUAAACAUUGGGGAUAUGAUGCAGAGAUGGACGGCAGAUAAACUUAUUGCAACGAGACACCGAGUUCUUAUUCCGGGAGAGGAAAUCCAAAAGAGGAGAGAUCGUCAGUCCGUGGCUUUAUUUGUUUUACCAGACGAUGAUGCAAUAAUCCGGUGCCUGGACAACUCGAACAAAUAUGAACCAAUCACAAGUCAAAAUUAUUUGAAUAUGAGAUUUUUUGAAAAGUUUUAAUAAUCACUUCAAUAAAAUCAUACUGACAUGAA